AUGUCACAACACAUACUGCCACCCGGUAAUGGGGAUCAAGUAGAUGUUUUCGGAUUCAAGAAACCAAAUUACGAUAAUAAAUUAGUCGCACACAUGCCGUCUGAGAGAGAUGACAUGUUUUAUAAUAUGACUCACAAGAGACGAGGUUUAGCUGUGAUAUUCAAUCAUGAAAAUUUCGAAAUAGAUAAACUCAGAUCUCGUACUGGAACGUUGAUAGAUGCAAAAAAUCUAGAAAGAGUUUUAACAAAUUUAGGUUUCGAAGUUGUUCUCUAUCACGAUUUAAAAACUAGAAAAGUUAUGGAAGAAGUACAGAAGGCUGCCAAUUACAAUCACAAAGAUUCAGACUGUUUUUUCCUAGCCGUUUUGUCGCAUGGUGAAAUGGGUAUUCUAUACGGGAAAGAUUGCCCUUACAAACCCGAACAAUUAUGGUUGCCAUUCACAGCAGAUAAGUGUCCAUCACUCGCUGGGAAACCCAAAAUGUUUUUUUUCCAAGCUUGUCAGGGAGAUCAAUUGGAUAGCGGAAUAACUCUGGUUAAAAGAACUGAAACUGAUGGACACGUUAGUUAUAAAAUUCCAAUUCAUGCAGAUUUUCUCAUUGCAUAUUCCACCAUUCCAGGUUAUUACUCGUGGAGAAACACAACAAAAGGAUCUUGGUUUAUUCAAGCACUUUGCAUGGAAUUAGAAAAUUACGCUGACAAAUUAGAUCUUUUGUCAUUGCUGACGAUGGUUUGUCGACGUGUCGCAUUCGAUUUCGAAUCAAACACUCCGAACGAUAGAACGAUGCAUCAACAAAAACAAAUCCCCUGCAUCACGACAAUGUUGACAAGGCUCAUCAGAUUCGAACCGAAAUCUUAUCAAAUGGAUAUAAUGUAA